AUUCGCCAUCACAGUCUAAUGAGUCUUUAACUCCGCCGCCUUCAUAUCAAGGGGGUGCUGCCUCCUCGACUGAUACCCCGGCACCCACACCGCUCAGGAACCUACCAGACCCCUUUACUGAGCUGUCUACUACUCCAACCGAAGGCAUCCCAUACAGAGUCUCCACAUCAUCUCAUCUCCUGUCAACUACUUCAUCCGUCGCGGGUGGGCGAGCAAACUUCGUAAACACGGAACACCGUCGUAGCGGAAGCUCCUCCAUCACUAGCACCACCGUGGCGACGACUGCUAUGUACCGCCUCAAAGAUCCUCCACCCAAAUUCGAGCCUUUGGUAAAGGUCAUGGAGAAAUUGCGGUUGCAAGGUACCACGCGGAUCACAUCAUCCCAGUUGGGCGAGGACUUCAAACCUUCGGCGUAUGCAUCCGGUGAAAUCACGACGUUAAAGAAGUAUACGGACGCGGCUGAGAGUGCCGGGGUUGUUAUCAUUGGAGAAGGACAGCAUGGGAAUCGCUGGAUCGCGUUGCACCCUUCAUACCACGGGAAGAGUCGGAAGUCGUCUGGUUCGUAGGUGCUCACGGGUAUGGAUUGACAGGUUCUGGAACUAUUUCUUUUUCCUGGAGGUCUCAUUUUUCUAGUCAAGCGCGUUGUAAUGAAGAGAGAUAUGAGAGGAAUCACAAGCUCAUCGACCUCUUCGCAGGUUUACCGCAUACGACGAAACCGAAUAGCUCAGGAAGGGUGGAGUUUGCAUCUCUUGAUCCAUAACGUACAACAGAUGCUCACGGGCUCAGUGAGCGUUUACAAGAAAGUUCUUACCCCACAACAUGUUAGCAAUGAGGCAGUGAGGCAGUUGAUGCUAACAAUCUGUCCCUAUAUGCUACUGCACCGUCUGUGCAGGGCGAGACGCUUUGAGACUCGUCUUGUCUUGUUAAUACCAAUGAUGAGUCCUCAAAGGAACGUCGGAAUAUUCUGGGAUUAUGAGAACUGUGAAGUUCCAUUCACGUCGGAUGGGUAUGCGGUCGCCGCCGGCAUCCGCGGUCUCGCGGAACGAUAUGGGCCCAUCAGAGCGUUCAAGGCGUAUCUUGAGGCCUCGACACAGAGCACUCUAUCGCCUCGCUUAGAACUCAUCUCUUCGGGUGUGGACAUCGUUGACUGUCCUCACAAUGGAAAGAAGGAUGUGGUGGACAAGACACUCAUGGUUGAUAUGCUAACCUUUGCGUUGGACAACCCCCCUCCCAAUGCGACCAUCAUCCUUAUUUCCGGAGACGGUGACUUCAUGCGGGCUGUGGCGUCGCUUCGACUUCGACAGUAUCGCAUGGUAGUCAUCGCACCCCGAGGUGGGACCCAUUCGGGACUCAAGUACCAAUCGUCUGAGAUGUACGAUUGGUAUAAUGAUGUUGUGGCACCGCAGCUACGACAGCCUGCGACUCCGCUGCGCCCUGCUCUGGCCAGUGCCGCAGCCUACCGCAUAGAUCAGUCAGCAGUACAUGCUCCUACGCCAUCCGUCGUACUUCCUGCUGAAGACCUUUCCCCUGUGGUAGAUCAUAAAUCCAGGUUAAACACCCACCAUGGUAUUGAGUUGAAACGUAGUGACAAUGAUGGGCAAAACAACUUGAACGAAGCAGAUAUCCAGCCAGGCAACGACGUGGACUGGUCGCCAGACAUACCAGUACCUCCUAUGGCCGGCACGGGCAGUCGAGAAGGCAACCCUGCACAUUCGAAUAGCUCCACUGCGAAUGCUCCAGCGACUGUCAGCGCUUUGUCAAGGUGGACCCUGUCCACGCAAGAGAGUGAUGGCAAAACAUUGCAGUCUGCCUCGCUUGAAAACCUUGUCCCUCACACGGAUACAUGGUCGGGGGGACAUGAUGCCGCUUCCAUCGCAAAUCACCUCUCAGGGCCUCAACGUCUCUAUAGUGAGGUUGCUUCGAUUGCACAACAAGUGGAGGCGACAACAACAUUGGAGACACAAGUCUCACUCGCUGCUGGCAUCACACUUCCUUCUGUGGUCAUGUAUCACAACAAGAAGCCGCCUAGAGCUUAUAAGGCUCUGGUCAAGGUUUUAGAAGCCCAGCGGUUACAAGGCAAUACCAGGGUGGUCUCAUCGGUGCUGGGGACUUUGGUCACACAAGAAGAGGCAAAUGCGUAUGCACGCGCGGGGACUACGAAGUUGAAGGACUAUACUGCUCAGGCGGAGAAGGAGGGUGUCGUUAUUCUGGGAAAGGAAGAUUGGGAACAUGGUAACCGUUGGAUCGCGUUGCACCCUGAUUAUCAUGGUUUCGGUCACAAGCCCGCAGUAUAGUCCCAUUUGUAACGCAUUCUUGUGGUGUCUGCUUGUCGUACCCUUGCUCCACACGGAGGAAUCAUGGUU